GUCUGAUUUCCAAGUGCCACCAUGCUCCAAGCAAUCCCGUUAGUUAUCUUGUCCCUGUCCUAUAUCAAAGCUAUGCCAGUGCCUCAACCUGAAGAACCAAUGAGACCUUCGGAGCGUAUGUUUGCAGAGAAAUAUUUAGACACAUUCUAUCCAAUGGGAUCAAAGAACACGUUUGCUGAAAAACUCAGAGAGAUGCAGAAGUUCUUUGGGAUGUCAGUGACGGGGAGGUUGGACUCGCAUACGAUGACAAUGAUGAAGACUCCUCGAUGUGGAAUGCCCGAUGUUGCAGCAUUCACACAGUUCUCUGGGAAUCCCAGAUGGUCAACAACCCAGCUGACAUACAGCAUUGUGAAUUACACUCCUGAUCUGCCUCGCCAAUUGGUAGAUGAGGCCAUAAAGAGGGCAUUUGGGGUGUGGAGUAACGUAACCCCACUGCAAUUCACUGCAAUUUCCUCUGGAGACGCAGAUAUAUUCAUCCGAUUUGGAGCACGCGCGCAUGGAGAUUCCUUGCCAUUCGAUGGCCCCAGUGGAGUUUUAGCUCAUGCCUAUGCUCCAGGGCGUGGAAUUGGAGGUGAUGCCCAUUUUGAUGAAGAUGAAAGCUGGACAAGUUCUAGAGCAGGUUUUAACUUGUUUCUAGUGGCUGCACACGAAUUCGGACAUUCUCUGGGACUUGAUCAUUCCACUGUUCCGCAAGCCUUGAUGUUCCCAAACUACCGAUAUGAGGACACCGCAACCUUUAGUUUGUCACAAGAUGACAUCAAUGGAAUACAGUCCAUCUAUGGCAAAAGGCAACAAGCUUAGCACCAUCUUUUAUACCACCUAUAAUCAAGGUGCAAUUUGGCAUGCUUUUAGCUUGGCCGUCAUUUCACUGCUAUUUAGGACUAUUGUGAAUUCCACAAUAAUUCUCUCUCUGUUAGUUAUUAUGGGUGGCCCUACUCUUGUAAAGAGUCUGCCUCAUUCCUUGCUUCCUACCUACAAAAAAAAGGGGGGAUUAAUUAAUGCACAUUCCAUUGUCCCCCUUUCAUGAGUAAUCUAGUAUCUAUGCAAGUGCAAGCAUUUAAAAAAAAAAAAAAA